GGCCGCGAGAAACGCUGUGGGGGGACAUGGCGGGGACCGGGACACCGAGAAACCGGGACACCCACCGAGGGACCGGGACACAGCGACAUAGGGACACAGCGACAUAGGGACACCGGGACAUAGGGACACCGGCCCGGGGCCCCUCGGAACCCAUGGGGUGAAGGGCGCACCGUGACCGACCCCGGAGGGAACACCGAGCCCUUGCGCUGCCCAGAGGGGUCCCGGGAGGAGCCGGGACAGACCCCCCGGUAGACCCUCGGGAGUCCGGCCAGGCCCUCCCCGCCCCACCUUGGUUAGGGGCAGCGUCUCUGAGGGGGCGAGGCUGGGGGUGCUGAGCCCUCCGUGUCCCCCCCGUGUCCCCUCCGUGUCCCCCCCCGUGUCCCCCCCCGUGUCCCCACCGUGUCCCCUCCGUGUCCCCCCCGUUCCCCCUUCCUGCGGGGUGGAGCUGCGAGGCAGGAAGGGCCCGGGGAGCAGCCGUGUUGGGUUUUCAGGGGUUUUGGGGUUUCGGUCCCCCACCCGCGGCCCCGCUAUAAAAGGUGUCACACGUAGCAGUCACCCAGGGCCAGUCGCCUGCUGUCACCGGCUGCGGGCUCGCCAUGGCUGCCUCCUUCCUGCUGCUGCUGCUGCUGCUGGGAGCACAGGCCACGGCCCCCCCGCCCUGCCAGGGUGACCCCAGCUCGUGGUGCUGGGACACGGCCACGGCCACGCGCUGUGGCUGGGAGCAGCAGUGCCAGCACCUGCGUGACAGCCUGGCCCUGGGGAACGUGGCUGAUGGGGACAACGUGGCUGAUGGGGACAACGUGGCUGACACGGCUGAUGGGGACAGCGUGGCACAGCGCAGGGUCGUUAAGUGCCGCCUGUGCACCAAGGUCCUGAAGAGGAUACAGAAGCUGGCAGGUGACAACCCUGACGAGUCGGCGGUGGCAGCAGCGCUGCAGAAGGGCUGCCGGAAGCUGGGCAGGGCCUUGGGCAAGGAGUGCCAGAAGCUGGUGAAGAACUACCAGGAGCAGAUCACCGAGGGGCUGCAGAACGGGGACACGCCCCGGGACAUGUGCAGUGCCAUGGGCAUCUGCCAGUCCUGAGCGCGGUCAGUGCCCACCUGCAUCCUGAUCCUGCAUCCUGUGUCCUGCACCUCGCAUCCUGCAUCCCCAUCCCAUACCCCCUGUGCCCUACCCUGUGUCCUGCACCCCACAUCCCGAUCCUGCAUCCUGCACCAUGCCCUGCACCUUGCAUGGCAGUCCCACACCCCCUGUCUGCACUGUGCCCUGCCCCCUACAGCCUGCUCCUGAACCCACAUCCUGCACCCAUAUCCUGAUCCUGCACCCCCUGUCCCAGUCCUGCACUGUGUCUUGAACCCUGCAUCCUGCACCCCACAUCCUGAUCCUGAACCCUCCGUCCUGCACCCCACAUUCUGAUCCCUAUCCCCCCUGUGCGUCCCACACUUUACACCCCGCAUCCCUCAGCCCACACCUGCCGGAGGGGUGGCAGUGUGCUUGGGGUUUCUGAAGCUUCCCUGCUGCACUCUGUAGGGUGGGGGUGAGCCAGGUCACCCCACAGUGCGUUGUGGAGCAGGGUGAGGGCUGGAGCAGCUGUUUCCACUGGCCCCUGACACCCCCUGCU